UCGCAGUGUGUAUAAACUAACUUUUUUUUUUUCCUUUUUUUUUUUAAAUUUAUUUCCGCUUUUAUUUUAUUUUCACUGUUUCAUUACUGUAAGGCCCUUGGCUAAAGCAGCAGUACUCACGGAAGUUCUUCGAAAGUCUGUCAAGUCAGCAGAUCUGUGUCUAUAAGCAAAGUGACAGCUGCUGCUAAACACACACAGCCCUUCUAAACUGAAUGAGAAUGUCAUGAGACCUAGGUAGCCAUGUCAAGCUGUCCAUGUCAAUCAACGUUGGUUGUAGGCUACGUAGGUAGGCACUAUGAAAAUAAUUGGCUACUACUAGAUGAGACAAUGGAUUGCUAUUUUGAGACUCAAUAGAACCUAAUCUGGGAACAUUCCAUACAUUAUUCAUGUGGUUAGGCUCCGGUACAGUAAGGUAAGAUCUGAGUUCCAACAGGAUACAUUACAAGCUAGAAAGACCACAAUGCCUUAUCCGCCCCUGCUGUUGUGGUGUUAUAGGUGUAUGUGAUGUAUGUCAGUAAUGGGGGCACACACUAGGCAGCCAGCGAUGGGUAAAUAUUUGAGUCCAUAGUCAAGUAAAAGAAACAGAACGUUGCUGACAUUGUCUGUGGGACAUUGUAGCUCAUUGAUUAUGUUUUUGACCCAAUCUAAAAGAAAACAACAGGAUGCGCUUGUAUGCCCCCUUUAUGAUAAUAUGGGCCCAGUGAUUCAUUGGACACCUCGCUGUAGCUACAGAGUAUGUGAGGUGUUUCUCAUUAAGGGUUUCUGGACUGUUUCAGGGGACGAGACGCGACAGAGGGUCAAGUUCACGGACGAGCGGGUCUGCAAGAGCCAUCUUCUGAACUGCUGUCCACACGACAUCCUGUCUGGAACACGUAUGGAUCUGGGGGAGUGUUCCAAGAUCCACGACCUAGCUCUGAGGGCAGACUAUGAGAUUGCCUCCAAGGAAAGGGACCUGUUCUUUGAGCUUGAUGCCGUCGACCACCUGGAGUCAUUCAUUGCUGACUGCGACCGGAGAACGGAACUGGCCAAGAAGCGUCUGGCUGAGACUCAGGAGGAGAUCAGUGCUGAGGUGGCAGCAAAGGCAGAGAAGGUGCACGAGCUGAACGAGGAGAUCGGGAAGCUGCUGGCCAAGGCCGAGCAGCUGGGAGCCGAGGGGAACGUAGACGAGGCCCAGAAGGUUCUACAUGAAGUGGAGAAAGUUCGCAGCAGGAAGAAGGAUGCAGAGGAGGAGUACAGGAACUCCAUGCCCGCCUCCAGCUUUCAGCAGCAAAAGCUCCGGGUGUGUGAAGUGUGCUCCGCUUACCUUGGUCUCCACGACAACGACCGUCGCCUGGCCGAUCACUUUGGUGGGAAACUGCACCUGGGGUUCAUCCAGAUCAGGGAGAAACUGGACCAGCUAAAGAAAACUGUUCUGGAAAAGCAGGAAAAGAGAAACCAGGACCGCCUGAAGAGGAGAGAAGAGAGGGAGAAGGAGGAGAUGAAGAAAAAAAGCACCAGCACCAGGUCAAGGAGCCGGGAGCAUAGAAGGUCUCGCUCCCGAGACCGCAAGAGGCGCCGCUCUCGGUCCUCCUCCCGAGAGAGGAGGCGUUCCCGCUCCAGGGAGAAGGAGAAGGAGAGAGAAAAGGAAAGGGAGAGAGAAAGGGAGAAGGAAAGGGAAAAGGAGAGGGACAGGAGGAGGCGUCACCGCAGUCGCUCUCGGUCCCGCAGCCGGGGCCGCCGUCACAGCCACGAGCAGAGCUCCAGACACAAGUCCUCUCGUGACAGAGAGCGCUCCUCAAGGGACCAAUCCCGUGAGCGCGACAGAAGGGACGGCAUCAACGGCAGGACGGACUCCCGUCGGGCGGACGACAGGGACUCUGGUGACUUUUGAAGACCCCCUCGGUCCUCCCUCCCUCACCCACACACUACAUGUUCAGACCUGCAGUGAAUCUAUGAAGGAUGCUGUCUUGUCUUUGUAUGAUUCCCCUUUGUAUGUUUCCCCUCAUUAAAAAUCCAUAGAAUUUUACUUUCACAGCUAUUCCAAGCAUCUUACUUGUAAGAUUCAUAGAUAAUCGUGUAUGAGAAAUGGCAACAUAUGCUGUAUAUGUUUUAUACAGUAUAUACAUGUAUCAUACAUGCCUUAUUUUUUUUUAUGUAAUCAAUGUAUAUCUCUGGCUUUAGAUUGGGGGAUCAUAAUUAUCAAGAGUGAAAUGUAAGGCUUGUCUAAAUUGGUGGCUAUUUAGACAUUUCAUAAAAUUUCACUAUGUAUAGCUACUCUAGAAAUUGAAUUGAAUUUCCAGUAGUGGUGGGAACAUUUAGCUUUCCUGUUUAUUUGCUGACAUUUGGGUGAAGAAAAGGGUCCCCUUUUAAACAACAUUUUAAGUUUUGUGGCGCUUUCCAUUGUUUUGUGCUUUUUCAUUGCUGUCAUUUGAUAUAGAAUUUCCCUUAAGUCAUUUAACCAUUACCACUGGUGUUAUGUAAUGUUUGGCUUCUCUAGCAAAUAUGUUUGUGUCAAUUUACCAGUUUAAAUUGAAAUACAAUAAACCAUAUUAUUUAUGUUA